AAUGACUUCGUUAAAAACUACUGAAGAGAAACCUAAACACUCUUAUAUUGCCUUAAUUUCUAUGGCAAUAUUAUCAAAUCCUAGCAAGAAACUACUUCUUGGCGAUAUAUACAAUUAUAUCAUGCAAAAGUGGCCUUACUACAAUAACUCAGACAGAGCUUGGAGAAACUCAGUAAGACACAAUUUGUCGUUAAACGAAUGCUUCGUCAAGGCUGGAAGGGCUGACAACGGAAAAGGUCACUAUUGGACUAUUCAUCCGGCGUGUUUACCAGACUUUGAAAGAGGAGACUUCAGAAGAAGACAAGCAAGAAGAAGAGCAAAGAGGAAUAUGAGAAAUUUAAAUUAUGAACAGGACCUCGCAGUCGCCGUUAAUUACAAGGUCGGUUACGUUCCAAUGACGCCAGUUUGGCAACAACAACAACAACAAUCAGUAACGCCUACGCCGAUUUGGACGCCUCAAGCGCAAGCCGUCUUUCCGUCUACAGGCAUAGCUGGUAUUGGGUAUCAUUAA